AUGGAAAAUAACAAAAAGAUAGAGCAAAGACGACUUGCCCAAGUGAAAAAGAGGCUUUUGAGUUCUUCCAAUCAGUUGAUGCAGAAUUAUGAUGCUGCCAUUCGUGAAUAUCUUCUCUCGGGUGUGGCAGAAAAGGUCACGGAGCUCAUGGACACAGUUGAGAGCCCGAGACAUAUGUACUAUACGCCGCACCACGCAGUGAUAAGGGAGGAUCGCGUAACAACCAAGAUAAGGAUAGUGUUCGAUGCCUCGUCGCAUGAAGUUCACACCAAAUCCUUGAAUGACAAUUUGGACUCUGGUCCAAACCUAAAUCCGGACAUUAUGACUGUUCUACUUAAGUUCCGUUUGUAUCCAGUGGCAUUGGUAACUGAUGCACAAAAGGCGUUUCUCCAGAUAAUGAUCCGCGAAGAAGAUCGCGACGCCUUGAGAUUUCUUUGGUACGAAACAGAACCAGAAGAAGGGAAGCCAUUGCCAAAAAUAGUAGCCUGGAGAAUGAAUAGGGUGACAUUCGAAACGGCUCCAAGUACCUUUCUUCUUGCAGCCACGUUACACCAUCAUCUUCGGCUGACAGCGAAAGAGUACCCGGAGACUGUGGGCAUACUCGGCCAAUCCGUGUACGUGGAUGAUGUAAUACUAGGAGCACAGAAUGUUGAGGAAGCAGAGAAGAGAUACAUGGAGACAAAACAAAUCUUCAGCAAGGCUUCAAUGAAGUUACAGAAAUGGGGAUCCAACUGCAACAAAAUGCGUCGACAUAUUCCGUAA